AUGUUGCACGAGCUUCUCUUAGCGUUAUUAGGUUACACCGGCGACCUAAUCAUCGACCGGAGAGACAAUCUCUCCGCCGUUACUCCCAUCUCCGACGAAUGCACUUUUAAUCUUGCUCCCGACAUUUCCUUCAUCGAUCCAAGUGACAGGGAACUUAUUGAGAGGAUAAUCACUUUAGGGUUUUAUUAUAGAGAGUUAGAGCGGUUUUCGGCAAAGUCUAGGAAUUUAAACUGGAUAAGGUCUGAAAAUGCUAAGCUUUUGGAGAAUAAGGAGAAGCCUAGUGUUUACCGUAGGGCUAUUGCUAAUGGCAUGGUUGAGAUACUAUCGGUUUAUACGUCUUCGAUUCUGCAUAUUGAACAAUUGUUGUUGUCGGAAACAAUGCCCAUUUUGGCAACAGUUACUCAAGGCCUUAACAAGUUUUUUACCCUUUUGCCACCUUUGUAUGAACUCAUCCUAGAGAUUGAGCGCGGUGAUAUUCGUGGUGGUCAGCUUCUUAACCUUUUACAUAAAAAAUGCCAUUGUGGAGUUCCUGAAUUACAAACUUGUAUACAGAGGCUUCUCUGGCAUGGGCAUCAGGUCAUGUAUAAUCAGCUUGCAUCAUGGAUGGUUUAUGGGAUUCUUGAAGACCGACAUGGAGAGUUUUUCAUCAGCAGGCAAGAAGAUAGAACUGUAGAAAAUAGCUCACCUCAUAUAGAAAUCUCUGAAAGGUUGGCACGUUUAUCAACUGCUGAGGCAUCGUUAACUGAUUGGCACAUGGGCUUUCAUAUCUCUCUGGAUAUGUUGCCAGAAUAUAUACCCAUGCGUGUUGCAGAAUCAAUUCUUUUUGCUGGAAAAGCUGUCAGGGUUCUGAGAAAUCCAAGUCCUUCUUUCCGGUCUCGGGACGAUGUCACUCCUCAAGUACCUAAAAGCUUUCCAAAAAUACAUGGAUUUGCAGGGCGUUUUAAUUUUCAAAGAGAGUCUAUAAUUAAUACUGGAAUGGGUGGAGAAGAUUUGCUUCCGCAAUCUGAGGCUGAUAAGAUUGAAAAUAUGCUUAUUGACCUAAAGGAGUCAUCUGAAUUUCAUAAAAGAUCAUUUGAGUGUGCCGCAGACUCCAUUCAGGCUAUUGCAGCCAGUCAUCUCUGGCAGCUUGUGGUUGUACGUGCCGACUUGAAUGGCCACCUGAGGGCUCUGAAAGACUAUUUUCUUUUGGCAAAAGGAGACUUCUUCCAGUGUUUCCUUGAGGAAAGUAGACAGUUAAUGCGAUUGCCACCUCGUCAGUCAACUGCUGAAGCCGAUCUUAUGGUUCCAUUUCAACUGGCUUCAUUAAAAACUAUUGGUGAAGAAGACAAAUAUUUCUCAAAAGUGUCAUUGCGGAUGCCAUCUUUUGGAAUCACAGUUAAAUCUUCACAAUUAGAUUUACCAAAGGCAACCUCUGCUGCUGUAGAUGGCAUCUCUGGUGCUUCACUUUCAGAAAUGUCAGUUGAUGGUUGGGAUGGUAUUGCUCUCCAGUAUUCUGUUGAUUGGCCUUUGCAUUUGUUUUUUACUCAAGAAGUCCUCUCCAAGUACCUUAAAGUAUUCCAAUACUUACUGCGGCUUAAACGAACACAAAUGGAGUUGGAGAAGUUAUGGGCAUCAGUAAUGCAUCAGUAUCAUAGCAUUUUUGCCAAAAGUAAAAAUAAAGACCAAGACAAAAGCCCAAUGACACAGCAGAGGGAUCAAAGAUUUCGAUCAAUGUGGCGUGUUAGAGAACAUAUGGCAUUCUUAAUCAGAAAUCUCCAAUUUUAUAUUCAGGUGGAUGUGAUAGAGUCCCAGUGGAAUAUUCUACAGUCUCAUAUUCAAGAUUCUCACGACUUUACGGAACUCGUGGGCUUUCAUCAAGAGUAUCUAUCAGCCUUGAUUUCCCAAACUUUCUUGGACAUUGGUUCUGUUUCAAGGAUACUGGAUGGUAUCAUGAAGCUUUGCCUGCAAUUUUGCUGGAAUAUUGAGAACCAAGAUAACUUCUCAAAUACUUCUGAACUGGAUCAUAUAGCUGAGGAAUUCAACAAGAAAUCAAAUUCCUUGUACACUAUACUGCGCAGCAGCCGACUUGCUGGAAGUCAGCGGACUCCAUUUUUGAGACGUUUUCUCUUGCGGCUAAAUUUGAAUUCCUUCUUUGAGUCAACUGCAAAGGGGGUUAUGAAUGUUGUCAGACCACGUCCUACACUUCCUGGUUUAAGUUAG